GUCAAUAUAUCACAUCACGAAAGGGCACACUUCGUUGAGAACAUCAUACCUUCAUUGUUAGCACUUGGAAAAGCACUAGAUUUUAUUGAGUUUAAAUGGCGUGAGUCAGAGUUCUUAUCAUCAAAAGUGCUCAACCUCAAAGAUAGUGACUAUGAUCUUCGCUCAAUACCAGGGAAAUAUAUUGAUGCCCCGGGAACCUUGACCACUCAUAACAACAUGGAAUUAAUCAUUGUAGAGGCAUCAAGUGGACAAUUCAAGGAAAAUGUCGCACAUUCAAUUGAAGACACACUCAAGAUACUAGAAUGUGGAAUUGCAUCGUUACGAAAAGAGGCCGCUCAUUACAACGACGCCUCGUUGUCAACAUUCAAGAGUCUUAAGGUUUAUGGGGUACAAGUCAUCAAAUCCCAAGUCACUCUAUCAGCAAUUUCCUUGGAUGAUGAGUCACAUUGGAAAUGCAUUGAAUUAAGGAGUGCCAAAUUGCCAACAGGUUGGAGUGAUAGAAUCGGUCUGAUUCAAUAUCUAGAACUUCUAGCGACCCUAUACGUAUGUUUAUAA